AAGAAUUAUAUCGAUCUUUUCUUCGUCUCGGUAUAAAUGUUACAGAUCAAGAUAUAGAAGAUAUUAUUUAUUUUCUAGUGGAUGUAUACAAUAAAUGUAAUGAUCAACAAAUUGGAUAUGACGAAAUUGAUUGGGAUCAGCUUACUGAAGAUUUUCGAGAAAUACUCUCAAAUGUUAAUGAUUCUUCUUUCGAGGAUUUUGAUGAUCAACAUAUUAUUCUAAUUCUUGACAAGAAUGUACAAAUGUUACCUUGGGAAAGUUUACCAUGUUUACGAAAACAACCUGUUUCACGAUUACCUUCUUUGUCAUUUUUAAGAGAUCGAAUUUUAUCAAUUCAACAUCAAAAUAUUCCCCAUAACAUCAAUACCAAUACCAAUAAUAAUCAUCAAAAAAACCAGCAAAAUAAACAAAAUAUUGAAAAUAUCGAAUUUUUAAAUCAUGUGGUUGAUAAAAAUAAAUGUUAUUAUGUUUUAAAUCCAAGUCAAGAUUUAAAAAAUACUCAAAAGGAAUUUGAAACUUUUGUAAAAAGUUUUCAAAAUUGGGAUGGAGUUAUUGGACAUUCUCCUUCUGAACAAGAAAUUAAAAAUGGAUUAUCUAAUCAAGAUCUUUACAU